AUGAAUGAGCUCGAAGUCGAGUGGGUUGGAGAGACGGCUUGGACUUACCGCACUACUUUUGGCUCGCCCUCUGCCAACAGUAAAUCGGUGUAUCUUAUCUUCGAGGGUCUUGAUACUUUUGCUCAAGUCAAGCUCAACGAUGUCGUCAUACUCGAGAGCGAUAACAUGUUCCUCAGCCACCGUGUUGAUAUCACUAACAAGCUUUCUGACGAGGGGACCAAUGUGCUGAGCAUUGAUUUUGACAGUGCGCUGCUCAAGGCCAGAGAAAUCACAAAGCAAUAUCCUGAUCAUCGAUGGGAGCUCUUCAAUGGAGAGGCUGGACGCUUAGUUGUGAGAAAAGCUCAAUAUCACUGGGGAUGGGAUUGGGGUCCGGUGCUUAACACGGCCGGUCCAUGGAAGCCAGUCUGGCUUGAAGUGUCAUCAGCCCAUAUAAAUGACUUCCUCCUCAAUUACAGCGUUUCUCCAGACCUCAAAGAGGUUCUGGGCUCGGUUGAAGUCGAUGUUGAAGGGCAUUAUGACACGGCAAAUGUCUCUAUCCAGUUUCAAGACAAUAUCGUCUACAGUACAGCAGCAGCAGCAAGGUCUUCCAGCGGCCGUCUAGUUAUCCCUUUCACUAUAGAUCAACCGAAGCUGUGGUAUCCCGCUGGAUGCGGUCAUCAGUCUCGAUACACCGUGAGUGUCAGUAUCUCCAAAGACGGCCAGAAACUUGAUGCAAAGACCAAGAAGACUGGCUUCCGGAAAAGCGAACUUGUUCAAGAUGGAGACUCCCAUGGAAAAUCGUUCUUUUUCAGAAUCAACAACAUCGACAUCUUCUGUGGCGGCUCGUGCUGGAUUCCUGCCGACAACUUUCUACCUCGAAUCACUACUGCCAAAUACCGGGAGUGGUUAAAGCUCAUGAUAGAAGGCAAUCAAAUCAUGACAAGAGUUUGGGGCGGUGGCAUCUAUGAAGACGAUGCUUUCUAUGACUGCUGCGAUGAGAUGGGCAUUCUUGUUUGGCAGGAUUUCAUGUUUGGCUGUGGAAACUAUCCUGUAGGGCCAGCACUGAUAAGAUCGAUUCGCGAGGAGGCAGUGCAGAACGUCAGCCGACUGCAUCAUCAUCCUUCCGUUGUGGUUUACGCCGGCAACAAUGAGGAUUACCAGGUUCAAGAGCAGGCUGGCCUUGAGUACAAUCCAGAGGACAAUGAUCCUUCUUCUUGGCUCAAGACUUCUUUUCCUGCUCGGUACUACUACGAGUACCUUUUACCAGAGGUUGUCAGUCAAGUAUCUCCAGGGAUGGCGUACUGGCCUGGGUCCCCAUUUUCCGGAGGUAAAGACACGACUGACAAAACUACUGGAGAUCUCCAUCAGUGGAACGUUUGGCAUGGCACACAGGAGAAAUACCAGGUCUUUGACAGGCUCGGUGGCAGGUUCAACAGCGAGUUUGGCAUGGAGGCUUUUCCAGCCUUAUCGACGAUUGAGCACUGCAUUACCAAACAGAGCGACCGCUUUCCGCAGUCUCAGAUGAUGGAUUUCCACAAUAAGGCAGAUGGCCACGAACGACGAAUUGCUACUUACGUGGUGGAGAACUUCCGUCCCCUUCCAGACCUUGAACUUUGCCAAAGCGAAGCCAUGACUUUUGCGUACCGCAGUUGGCGUCGUCAAUGGGGCGAUGAUCGCCGAUGCGGCGGCGUUCUGGUCUGGCAGAUGAACGACUGCUGGCCCGCCAUCUCAUGGUCCAUCGUCGACUAUUUCCUCACCAAGAAGCCAGCUUACUAUUCUAUUCGUCGAGCUCUUAAGCCCAUCGCUGCCGGCGUCCAACGGCAACACCAUGACUGGAGUGUUGUUCAUGCCAGACCAGCGAAGACUUCUUCGUUUGAGGUUUGGGUUGCGAGUAGUAAGCAGCAUGAGGUAACUGUCACUGUUGAAAUUCGCUUCAUUUCAAUCAGUACUGGUAGGGAUAUCAGGGAUAAAAUCGUGAAGGGCAACGCGGUUCUGAUUCCAAAUGGUACAACUGAUAUCCUCACUGGGCAGAUUGACAACGCAAAAGAUGAGCCGCAUGUCAUAUCUGUCAGCGUUAUGCAGGGCGACACUUGUGUCUCCCGAGACGUCGAUUGGCCUCAACCUCUCAAGUAUCUUGACUUUUCCGAUAGAGGUGUUGAGGUUCAAGUCGGUCCAGAUGGUUAUCAACUCACAGCCAGCAAACCCACUAAAGGGUUGGUCUUUAAAGAGGUAUCCGGUGUUUCUUUGGAGGACAACUGUGUAGAUCUCAUCCCGGGCGAAGUUGUCACUGUAAAGGUGAGGGGAAGUGGGACGUUAUGGGGUACCCCAACAUAUAGAUACCUCCAUUAG